AAACAUUUAACUGAAUACAUUUCACAGCUGAAUGUUAUAGCAGACCUUUCCAGUAUGCUGAUAGAAGCAUUAGAAGGGGAUGUUACAGUCGUCUACUGUAAUGCCAUUUCUGCCUCAGUGCAGAUCGAGGUGGAACCUGUUGGUCGGUGGUUCGAGGCUUUUCUGAAGAGGAGGAACAGGAAUGUAUCUGCCUCCUUCCAGGAGCUUGAGGAAGAGGAGGAGCUGUCUGAGGAAUCUGAGGAUGAAGAGCUGCAGCUGGAGGAUUUCCCCCUGCUGAGAACACUGGACCCCAAAGACUGGAAGAACCAAUCAGAUCACUAUGCUGUCCUUGGACUGGCUCAUAUGAGGUACAAGGCGACACAGAAACAAAUCAAAGCUGCCCACAAGGCAAUGGUGUUGAAGCAUCACCCUGACAAAAGGAAAGCUGCGGGAGAGCAGAUUGUAGAAGGAGAUGGUGACUACUUCACCUGCAUAACUAAAGCUAUAGAAAUUCUGUCAGAUCCUGUGAAGCGAAGAGCAUUUGACAGUGUAGAUCCUACCUUUGACAACGCUGUGCCCUCAAAGGGCGAAGGCAAAGAUAACUUCUUUGAGGCGUAUGCUCCUGUUUUUGAGAGAAAUGCCCGGUGGUCUUCCAAAAAACACGUGCCCAAACUUGGCACUAUGGAUUCCUCUUUUGAGGACGUGGAUAAUUUUUAUUCUGUUUGGUACAACUUUGACUCAUGGAGAGAGUUUUCUUAUUUGGAUGAAGAGGAAAAGGACAAGGCAGAAUGUCGUGAUGAGAGGAGAUGGAUUGAAAAGCAGAAUCGUGGAGCCAGAGCCACCAGGAAGAAGGAAGAGAUGAAUAGACUACGGACACUUGUUGACACGGCCUACAGCCUUGAUCCCAGGAUAAAGAAAUUCAAAGAUGACGAGAAGGCCAGAAAGGAGAAUGAGAAGAAGGCCAAAGCAGACGCCAAGAGGAAAGAGCAAGAGGAGAAGGAGCGGGCUCGGCAGGCAGAGCUGGAUGCUGCACGGCUGGCCAAAGAGAAGGAGGAAGAGGAGGCCAAACUGGUUGCCCAGCAGGCCAAGAAGGAGAAGGAGAUCCAAAAGAAGGCCAUCAAGAAAGAGAGGCAGAAACUGAGGACAACUUGCAAGAACUGGAAUUACUUUGGUGACAAUGAAUCUGAUAGUGUGAAAAUGAUGGAAGAUGUGGAGAAACUUUGUGACCGUUUGGAGCUUGUGAGUCUGCAAUCCCUGAAUGAAGGAUUGGCAUCGGGUUCAAAGGAGGAGGGCAAGGUAGCGGUGGAGAAGCAGGUGCAAGAGGUGAAUGCCCAGCUGCAAAAGGAGAAGGAUGCGGAGGUGCAGGCCAGGCAAGCUGUCCGCACUACCGUACAGGCCAGCGGKGGAGGCGGGGGUGGUGGAAAGGGCUGGAAUGAGGAAGAGCUCCCGCUGCUCAUCAAAGCAGUCAACCUGUUCCCUGCUGGAACCAACGCCAG